GGUCUCCCCCCAGCUCAUCGCGGCUGUGUGUCCCUCUGCUUGCAGGGGAAGCAGAAGAAGGCGAGGAAGUACGCGGUCAUGAAGCGCAUGAUCAGCCUCCGGGACCAGCGCAUUAACGAGAAGGACCGGGCGAAAGCCCCCGUGAAGAAGAAAGAGGACCCGAGUGCCAUUAAGGAGCGGGAGGUCCCCCAGCAUCCCUCUUGCUUGUUCUUCCAGUAUAAUACACAGUUGGGCCCCCCUUAUCACAUCCUGGUUGACACUAACUUCAUCAACUUCUCCAUCAAGGCCAAGCUGGACCUAGUACAGUCAAUGAUGGACUGUCUCUAUGCCAAGUGUAUUCCAUGUAUCACAGAUUGUGUAAUGGGUGAAAUUGAAAAGUUAGGACAGAAGUACCGUGUGGCGUUAAGAAUUGCCAAGGACCCUCGUUUUGAACGCUUGCCAUGUAUGCACAAAGGAACCUAUGCAGAUGACUGCUUGGUACAGAGGGUCACUCAGCACAAAUGUUACAUUGUGGCCACAGUGGAUAAAGAGCUCAAGCGGAGAAUACGAAAAAUCCCAGGAGUGCCUAUAAUGUAUAUUUCCAGGCACAGAUACAAUAUUGAGAGGAUGCCAGAUGAUUACGGAGCUCCUCGAUUCUAACCUGUCCAGCCAAGCCAUCAAUGACAGGACUCUGAGCCAGGAUAAGGGUCCUUCUGGUUCCAACCCUCCUGCUUUCUUUUUUGCUGGGACGCUGCUCGUAGGACUGUGGGUGACAUUGGACUAACUUCAUAGCCUUGAUCUUCUAAGAAAAAGCUACUUGGAAGAGUCUGUUUUUAUUCAUCCUUGUUCUGACUUGGCCUGAUUACCUAUAGCUGGGAGAAGCGCAUAGGAAAGAGGGGACAGCAGUGCCCAGAACAUGCCUAACUCCCUCUUCACUGGGAUCAUUGGAAAAAGUGAUUUCAGCAUUCCAAAUUAAAUAUUGGUGAUGCAACUCUGGCUGAGAAAGAAGCCACAGAAAUUUUAGAAGUUUCUUAUUGCUGCACCUGCAGCAGGACAACUAUUCCUCUGGAAAAUCCCUCACACCUGUCCCACGAGCAAAUUGGAACCUGCAUUAUGGAGAAAAGCUGUCAAACCUGCACCGGUUGGCAUGCCUUCUCUGGAUCAGUGGUCUGGAAGAUUUUAAUUCAGAAUUGAUGGGCUUUUAUUCAACUGUACAAUGAAUGAAGUUUGGUUA